AUGUUUUAUCUACAGAUAUCCGUGCAUUCAGUUCCGCUUGCCAGAGGUCCAUGCCCUUUGGACCCCUACCUUGUUAGCCCGGGUGACAGUGAUGUGAAUCAGUACCCCUGGCUAAGGCCCCAUCCUGUGAAAGAGUCUGAGGCAGAGCGGGAACUGAAGAAGGCACAGGCUACUCGCAGCUGUUUGGAGUCCAACCUAGAUGCAGUGGUCACAUCUCGGCAUGGAGGAGCUGAUGUCUAUGCUGUGUUGGAUGCUCUCUACAAAGAUGGGCAAUCCUUGGAACUGACAAGGAUUCAGAGGAUGGUGGAUGAUCACAUCUUGGAAGCUGAGACGCAGCUUAAGAGGGAACUUGCAAAAGUGCCUGUAUGUUCAACAACAACAACCAAAGACAACAAAGCUAGGAUACUGAAGACUGAUAAAACCAAGCCAGGUGUCAGUAAGAUCAGCAAAGCGGGUGGUGUGCAGAGUCAGAGGUCCAGACAAACAAUACAGCUGGGCAAAGAAAAUACAAAUAAAGUGUCCAAGAAGUGGCUGUUGGCUGACACAGAGAAGUUCCUCAGCCAAGUGUAUGGAAAGGCCCCGUAUCAGUGUCAGCCCAAAACCCUCAAGGAGCCUUACCUCCACUAUGUGAACACAGCCCGGCCUAGAUCCACCAGGCCUACGGCAGUGGUAGAAACUACAGGAGUGGAGGUUAAGUCCACUAAGGUUCAGACAAAUGUAGCUGUUCCACUGGUUAAUGGCCAGUAUUACUUCAAGACAAAGAAAGGAGAGGCCAGGAAGACAGCGGGGCAGAGAAGUGAACUUAUCACCAUGGCCGUGCCCCUGGGUUCUCCACAAACUGAAGCAGGGGUAACCAUCAGCACCUCCUUUGUCCCGCCCCCUUCCCUGACAACAUCACCCAAACAUCAACCCAAAGCCUCUCCACCUUUAAAUGUUACCAUGGUGACAGUCUUAGAAGAGGAGGAACCUGUUGAAAAGAAACAAACCCUCGUUAAACAGCUGUUACCCAGCGUGAAUGUGUCCGGGGUCAGCCCAAGGACACAUGGCACAGAAGCCACCUCCACAAAUUCAGUUCAACCCGCAGACCUAUUUUGAUGUAGCACAUCACGAUGCAUCAGCUUGUGAGGAGGAGUCAGAAGAGGACGACAGCUGUCAGAUGGAGAUCACAGGGACAGGCAUGACCCUCCCUGGUUACCAGGCUCCACCCCCAGCAACCUACUAUGGACCAGAGUUUGCGC